CAGAAAAGAAAAAAAUAAAGAGGCUCGUUCGUGGCACAUCUUUGAAGCUCAGUACCACGCGAGGCAUCCCAGCCGCAGUGAAACCCUCUAUGUUAGUGCAUCCCACCACAGUGACAGGAGGAAAACUGGCUGUGGCCGCUGUUCCCAAGCCCCGCGUGUAUUAGAGUCGCCUUGGCUUUCUGGCUGGAAGAUGAUUCCUACAACAGGACCAUGUUGCUGAUGAUGAACAGCAGAGUCGUUGGAAGAUGCCUUCCUUGAGGAUUACACGUGGAGCAAGGCCAUCAGUCAAGGGGAGAGCUGGCUGGUGAAACUGUCUGACUUUCCCCCCCACCGGGGAAGUGGCUUCAAUGGCUCCAUCUCCCAGGAGAAGCAGUAGGAAAGAUGCCAGCGCCUUGCCAAGCAUGUCCUCAACUUUCUGGGCUAUCAUGAUCCUGGCUAGUCUCCUAAUCGCUUACUGCAGUCAACUGGCUGCAGGUACAUGUGAGAUUGUCACUUUGGACAGAGAUAGCAGUCAGCCCCGAAGGACUAUAGCCCGACAAACAGCUCGCUGUGCAUGUAAAAAAGGACAGAUUGCCGGUACAACAAGAGCAAGGCCAGCAUGUGUUGAUGCACGAAUUAUCAAAACAAAACAGUGGUGUGAAAUGCUUCCAUGUUUAGAAGGAGAAGGCUGUGAUUUGCUAAUCAAUAAAUCAGGCUGGACCUGUACACAACCAGGAGGACGGAUAAAGACAACCACGGUCUCCUGACAAAUGCAGCAACACAGAAUCCUCGUAGGAGUGGUUUAGGCUCUCUGUGAGCUACUUAACUUAGUCAAGUUUCACUGCUGUUGAUCAUCAUCUGUUAUAUGUCAUCAACUCAACUGUCUGUUUCUCUGUAUCUCAUGAAUGACAGCAUAAUUCCUCUGCAUUAUGAGCUAAAGUUUGUUCUACCAUUCUAAGGAUCACUGGAAUAAGGAAUAUAGAAAAAAGAGAUAUGCUUGGGCAUUAGCAAUACAAAAAUGUUCAUGGUUAACAUUUCAUCUGCGUUAUACACCACUGCUGGACUUGCUGUUACCUACAUGUUUCAAUCCGAAGAGUCUGCUACAAUGAAGAGUAUCAUCCCAAUCAGCCUUAGAGAAGACUGUUUUGCCUAUGGGAGGACACUGAGGUGCAAAAGAGAAACUCUUCUUGUGCCCUAAACUGUCUGAAUUGCUUUUAUUUUCUUAUACUUUCAGUAUUUACAAUAGACCAAAGAGCUAUUUUAAAGUGGACACAAUCUUACUCUUAAGAGAGUUAUGUCAUUAAACUGAAGGUCUCCACAAAGACAUGAUUCCAGCUUUCACAAAGCUGAAAUGUUGUCCAGCAGAAGUCUUUAUGGAAAGCUGAAGUAAAAACUAACACAGAGACCUGCUCUUGAAAUGCCAUGUUCAAGAGAAUAUAACGGAGCACUGAGAGAAAAUGACCUAUGUUUGAAAAACUUGGACAAAAAGAACACAAACUGUCUACACAGCACCUUUAUUCCUCUGUACUUAGAUUGACUUUCUCGUACUAAAAUCAUUUUCUGUUUUAACCAGUUAAACAUGCCUCUUCUACAGUUCCAUUUUUGAUAGUUAAAGUUGGAUAAUACAGUAUUUGCAAAGAGCAUGUUUGGUCAUCUGUGGCCUAUGUCUCAUCUGAUACACCAUUUAGCACCAGAAAGCAAAUUAAAGAGAAAACAAAAGUAACACUUGUUUGAAAGAGAUCAUUAAAUGUAUUUUGAAAAGCCUAAAGUUAUAUAUUUAACAGUUUUUAUAUGUUGUAUAUUUGUAGAAAAUCCUAUUUAACAAUUAACGUGAUAACUCUGACAGUCAUGAAAAGUGGUUCAGAGUUAAGUUGUGUUUUAUUACUUCAGUUGUCUCUGAAGUGACCGGUGUCGUUUGCUUUCUUCCAUUGGGACAUUGUGGAUGUAAAGCAUGACCAGAGAGGACUGUGUAGAAAAAGCAAAGAAUAAUGUUGUUUAUAUUACAUAAAUGCAUUCAACCAUUGCACUGUU